AUGGACUCCUUUCAAACUCCUCCCUCUCUCAUGUGGGAAGAAAGGGGUGGAAAGCCAUGUCGAAAAAGGCAAAAGACGAAGUUGCCCUCCCUCAUUCCAUCGUGCAUCUUGUGGUGCAUGGAACUGUUGGUGAUUCCCUCGGGUUGUUCUUGCACAUUCUUCUGCUCUAAGGUCAGGGAUGCAUCAAAAGGAGAGGUCAGGGAUGCAUCCAAAGGAGAGGUCAAUCAUGCAGAGGUCACGGGCUACACAACCAACUUCACGCGUUCACAGUGUAUUUUGUGCAAGGGAGCAGGGUCAGAUAUAAAACCAAUUGAGAGUAGAACUGUUCGUGAGUUCUUUUGUGUUUCUCUUCUCAUCUCCUCAGUUGCUUAUCUUCCUCACUUGUUGCGUUCCUCAGCUCGUAGUUGUGUUCUCAGUUAG